CACGGCCGCGCCCCGGGCACGCUUGGCGGCGCCCAACGAUGACCGCUCCCUGGCGGCGCCUCGGGAGUCUGGUUUGGGAAUACUGGGCCGGGCUCCUCGUGUGCGCCUUCUGGAUCCCAGACUCGCGCGGGAUGCCCCACGUCAUCCGGAUCGGAGGAAUCUUUGAGUAUGCAGACGGCCCCAAUGCCCAGGUCAUGAACGCCGAGGAGCAUGCCUUUCGAUUUUCUGCCAACAUCAUCAACAGAAACAGGACUCUGCUGCCCAACACAACCUUGACCUAUGACAUCCAGAGGAUCCACUUCCACGACAGCUUCGAGGCCACCAAGAAGGCCUGUGACCAGCUGGCGCUGGGCGUGGUGGCCAUCUUCGGGCCGUCCCAGGGCUCCUGCACCAAUGCCGUCCAAUCCAUCUGCAACGCGCUGGAGGUGCCCCACAUCCAGCUGCGCUGGAAGCACCACCCACUGGACAACAAAGACACCUUCUACGUGAACCUGUACCCGGACUACGCCUCUCUCAGCCACGCCAUCCUCGACCUGGUGCAGUACCUCAAGUGGCGGUCGGCCACUGUGGUCUAUGACGACAGCACGGGGCUCAUCCGACUGCAGGAGCUCAUCAUGGCCCCGUCGAGGUACAACAUCCGCCUCAAGAUCCGCCAGCUCCCCCUUGAUUCUGACGACUCGCGCCCGCUGCUCAAGGAGAUGAAGCGAGGCCGGGAAUUCCGCAUUAUCUUCGACUGCAGCCACACCAUGGCUGCCCAGAUCCUCAAGCAGGCCAUGGCCAUGGGCAUGAUGACCGAGUACUACCACUUCAUCUUCACCACACUGGAUCUUUACGCUUUAGACCUGGAGCCCUACCGCUACUCGGGCGUGAACCUGACGGGAUUCCGCAUCCUCAACGUGGACAACCCUCAUGUCUCGGCCAUCGUGGAGAAGUGGUCCAUGGAGCGGCUGCAGGCGGCUCCCCGGGCAGAGUCCGGCCUGCUGGAUGGGGUGAUGAUGACGGACGCGGCCUUGCUGUACGAUGCCGUCCACAUCGUGUCUGUAUGCUACCAGCGGGCACCCCAGAUGACCGUGAACUCCCUGCAGUGCCACCGGCACAAGGCCUGGCGCUUCGGCGGCCGCUUCAUGAACUUCAUCAAGGAGGCUCAAUGGGAAGGAUUAACUGGACGGAUUGUUUUCAACAAAACCAGUGGCUUACGGACGGAUUUCGAUCUGGACAUCAUCAGCUUGAAGGAAGACGGCUUGGAGAAGGUGGGAGUGUGGAGUCCCGCUGAGGGGCUCAAUAUCACGGAGGUCGCCAAAGGCCGAGGCCCUAAUGUCACCGACUCUCUGACCAACAGGUCUCUCAUCGUCACCACCGUACUGGAGGAGCCCUUUGUCAUGUUCCGGAAGUCUGACAGGACCCUGUUUGGGAAUGACCGGUUUGAGGGCUACUGCAUCGACCUGCUUAAGGAACUGGCCCACAUCCUGGGCUUCUCCUACGAGAUCCGGCUGGUGGAGGACGGGAAAUAUGGGGCACAGGACGACAAGGGCCAGUGGAACGGCAUGAUCAAGGAGCUCAUCGAUCACAAGGCAGAUCUGGCUGUGGCCCCCCUGACCAUCACCCACGUCCGUGAGAAGGCCAUCGAUUUCUCCAAGCCCUUCAUGACCCUCGGCGUGAGCAUCCUCUAUCGCAAGCCCAAUGGCACCAACCCUAGUGUCUUCUCCUUCCUCAACCCCCUGUCCCCAGACAUCUGGAUGUAUGUGCUUCUCGCCUACCUGGGUGUCAGCUGUGUCCUCUUUGUCAUCGCCAGGUUCAGCCCUUACGAGUGGUAUGACGCUCACCCCUGCAACCCAGGCUCCGAGGUGGUGGAAAAUAACUUCACUCUGCUGAACAGCUUCUGGUUCGGAAUGGGGUCCCUGAUGCAACAAGGGUCUGAACUGAUGCCCAAAGCCCUGUCCACACGCAUCAUUGGUGGCAUCUGGUGGUUCUUCACACUGAUCAUCAUCUCCUCCUACACGGCCAACCUGGCUGCCUUUCUGACCGUGGAGCGCAUGGAAUCACCCAUAGACUCUGCGGAUGACCUGGCCAAGCAAACCAAAAUCGAGUAUGGGGCAGUCAAAGACGGGGCCACCAUGACCUUCUUCAAGAAAUCCAAGAUCUCCACCUUCGAGAAGAUGUGGGCCUUCAUGAGCAGCAAACCUUCGGCGCUGGUGAAGAACAACGAGGAGGGCAUCCAGCGGACGCUGACGGCUGACUACGCACUGCUCAUGGAAUCGACCACCAUCGAGUACGUCACCCAGAGGAACUGCAACCUCACCCAGAUCGGGGGCCUCAUCGACUCCAAGGGCUAUGGCAUCGGCACGCCCAUGGGCUCCCCGUACCGGGACAAGAUCACCAUUGCCAUCCUGCAGCUCCAGGAGGAGGACAAGCUGCACAUCAUGAAGGAGAAGUGGUGGCGGGGCAGCGGGUGUCCCGAGGAGGAAAACAAAGAGGCCAGCGCCCUGGGCAUCCAGAAGAUCGGGGGCAUCUUCAUCGUCCUCGCCGCCGGGCUGGUCCUGUCUGUGCUGGUGGCUGUGGGCGAGUUUGUGUACAAGCUCCGCAAGACCGCAGAGCGAGAGCAGCGUUCCUUCUGCAGCACCGUGGCUGACGAGAUCCGCUUCUCCCUUACCUGCCAGCGUCGGGUCAAGCACAAGCCGCAGCCUCCCAUGAUGGUGAAGACUGACGCCGUCAUCAACAUGCACACAUUCAAUGAUCGCCGGCUUCCAGGCAAAGACAGCAUGACCUGCAGCACAUCAUUGGCCCCCGUAUUCCCCUAGGCACAGGUGGGGUGGGGACUGCCAGCCUGGGGGCAAGGUGGAGGAAAGCAAAGGAGACUGGAAGAACAUCCCCAAGCCCCACACUGGACUUGGGGACUAGAGCUGCUGCCUGCCUGUUGGGCCAAGAGCCCUCUGCCCUUACCUACCAGGAAACCAGCAGGCCCCCAGGCCAGCUGCUUGGGCUUCACCCUCCUCUUGUUUCUUCUAUGGGUUUCUAAAGCUGCCAGCCAAGACAGCCAAGGCCAAAGGAAGCACAUGCCUCUCUCAGGCCAAAUUCACCUGCCCCUCAACUCUCUUCUAUAGUCAGAAGUUUCUACCAUGGCCCUGCAGGGGCCAAAGAAAACAGGAAACAGCUCUCAUGUUGCCGCUCCUUCCCCACGAGGGCAGGCCUCCUGGAACUUGACUAUAAGACCAGAGACACAGACCUUGGGUACCGAAAAGGAUGUUAUCGUUUGGCUGCCCAUGUUGCCGCUCCUUCCCCACGAGGGCAGGCCUCCUGGAACUUGACUAUGAGACCAGAGACACAGACCUUGGGUACCGAAAAGGAUGUUAUCGUUUGGCUGCCGAUGGGAGCUGAAGCUGGAGGACAGCCACCCCACAUGCCUGGUCAGAAGGAAGAACUCAUCCCCCAGGGGCUGCUCACAUGGUCCUCAUCUCCUGGACUUGACACCACCCAUGGUGGAGCCCCUGUUUGGGCAAAGUUAAAGGCAGGAGCCCCGCAGGGAAAAAGAGGAGUUUGGAGUCUGGGAGAGAGGAGGAUGCACAGAGAAUGCCAAUUUGAAUUCUUCCAGACAAUGUCCCAAAGGGUCCUGCUCCUUUAGAAGGUCUCUAGGAGUGGGAGAGUGGUCAGAGCAAAUUCUCCUCCCCAUUGUGACUGGAGGAGAAAGGACCCGUGGGAUCUCUCGCAAAGGAUGCCCAGAGACUCGGCCAGAGGAACAGUGGAUUCCAUGGAAAUCCCACAGGCCCUCAAGCCAUUGGAUUUUAUUUUGCUGGUUUCCAAGCUGUUUUCUAAACCCCAGUGGCAUUAGGACGCUUGAGCUCUUUGCCAUCUACUCUUCAGCAACUCCCCAUUCCUGGCCAGUUGACCUUGACCGUCUUCUGUCAUCAUGGAAGGAGAAAAGUAGCCUAGAUUGAAGUGAACAUUGUCACCUUCCUCCAAGGAGGAUCAAGUCCACGGCACAGGCUCACUUUGGGGUAGAUGGGGAAAGCUGGACUGGGGGGCGCUUAAAGAACUCCAUGCCUCCUGGACUUGUCAAACCUGAAGAUGCCCCCCAGAGAAAGAAAAUUUCCAGGGAGCAGAAUAGCCUCCCUGGUAGAGGCCUCUGGAGUGGGGAGGCUGAAGCUGCCUCCUGGAGGAUUAACCAAAGACCCCACACAGAGAUACAAGGUUGUGGUGGCCCCUGGUCUCUUGUCCAGAGGAGCUGGGACCUUGUGGGGUUUGGGGGUUCAGCAGAGGAGGUGCAGCGAGGGGUGGGCCAGGUGAUAUGUGGGUUCCAGCCAGCUGGGACAGAUACUCUAGGUCUGAGACAUAAGAUUCUGGGAGGAGAAUGAGACGUGGAGGGAUUAGGAACAAAGUGUCCUUAAAGAGAGCAUGAUGAGGCCAGCAAGGCUGCCCAUGGCCAAGGGCAGAGGUCAGGCUUUGUGCCAGGGAAAGGGGGCUGGAAAUCUGUACAGAGACCAGGAGACACCAGCCACCCACCCCCUGCCACUCUUCUGCUUCUGCUUGGGACCCUGGUUAAGAAAAGAGCCACAUUUAGGUCUCAAGAACCUUCUCAGCUGGGGUGAAGGGUAAUCUCUAACUCUCCUCAGGAGUCCCAGAGCAGGAGAGCACAGUGGACGCAUGUGAUAACUAUCGUCCCUUCUCCAAACUGGGCCAAACCAGCUGGUUCCCAGGGCCACAGCAGUUCCGACAGGCUGUGAGCACUGGAGGUGGGAGAAGAGGGAUGGAAGGCCACGUGGCCAGCACGCAUCAUGAUAGGAAAAGCCAUGCUGUUGUGAGCUCCUGGAUGUAGGAAUGUAUGUGUGUGUGUGUGUGCGUGCGCAUAUAUGUGUAUCUUCGUAUGUCUGAUCUUUGGGGGCUGGGCAUGAAGGAUAAAUGAGGGCAUGUAACAGAGUCCUGGGCAUGCAAUAAUAGGAGAAUCCUUUGGGUUCUGAUGUGUGUGUGUGUGCACGUGUGUGUGAAUUUGGGGUGAAGGAGAUAAAUCUGGACAAGCAGCAGGACCCCAUACAUGUAAAAACAGGAGAAGCCAUGCCAUAUUGGGGUUCUGGUGAGUAUACAUAUGUACACAUACGUGAACAACUGUGUAUGCUUAUGUGUGUGUGUGUGUGUGUGCACGCGCACGCUUUUGUGCACCUAAUGGCAGAGGGUGGAGGACAAGAUAAAAUAUGUUUUAAUGGAGAAGCUACUGCUGCUGCUAAGUUGCUUGAGUCAUGUCCGACUCUGUGCGACCCCAUAGAUGGCAGCCCACCAGGCUCCCCCAUCCCUGGGAUUCUCCA